AUGAGCCUGUGCCGGAAUGGACCACCACCUGAAUUACAAUAUGACAACUCCUCAGAGCUUUUUCGCAUUUCCAGUUUUGCGAGGUUCCCGUCAUCUCAGUCAGGGGUGACAGAAAGAAGUUUGGCACGAGCGGGUUGGUUUUACACUGGUGUGGGGGACCGUGUGCAGUGCUUCUGGUGUAAUGUGAUCGCAGAAGGCUGGCAACCAGGAGACUGUCCCACAGAGAAGCACAAACAGCUGUCCCCAUCCUGCUCAUUCAUCCAGAGCCUCCCUCCAACUGCCAACCUGCUAUCAUCCUGUCACUCUGCCUUCUCGCCUCUCCGCAUCCCACCAGCAAUUCCUCUUUCUGGUUCUGGUCCGGCUGCUCCAAAUCCUGCAAACGGUCCGGGUGAAGAGCCGGUUGGAUAUUUGAACAUGGGUUUCUCUGCGUUGCCUCCAUCCAGUCCCCUUAGCUCUCGUGGUGUUGAAGACAUGUCUCAUCAAAGGCCCACAUGCCAUAACCCCAACAUGCGCCGGGAGCAGGGCCGCUUGGAAUCCUUCAACUCCUGGACUGUCACUGUCAUCACUCCCGCUGAGCUUGCCAAAGCAGGCUUCUACUGCCUCGGUCAGGGUGACAGAGUGGCCUGCUUCAGCUGUGGAGGACAGUUAAGCAAUUGGGAACCAGGCGACCGAGCUGUGUCUGAGCAUCAAAGGCAUUACCCAAACUGCCGGUUUGUGCGAGGCGACAGAGCUGACAAUGUGUCUCUGGUUGCUGCCUCAGGAGCAGUGACACAGCAGCUUUCUACAGGAGCAUCAGCCCUGAGUAAUGUGUCCAAUCCUGCUAUGGCCCAGAGUGAGGAGAGGCGGCUUACUUUUGUCAACUGGCCCUCGCGGAUCCCUGUCCGGCCCGACCAGCUGGCUAACGCAGGCUUCUACUACGUGGGUCGCAAUGAUGAUGUGAAGUGCUUCUGUUGUGAUGGAGGUCUGCGCUGUUGGGAAUCGGGAGAUGAUCCCUGGGUGGAACAUGCGAAGUGGUUUCCGCGAUGUGAAUAUUUGCUCCAGGAGAAGGGUCAGGACUUUGUUCACCAAAUUCAGGCUCGUUUUCCCCGUCUGUUUGAACAGCUGUUAACCAAUGGAGAUGGCUCCAGAGAGUUUGUGGAUCCUCCUGUUGUUCACUUGGCGCCGGGAGAAGAGCGCUCUGAAGAUGCUGUCAUGAUGAACACUCCUGUCAUUAAAUCCGCUCUAGAGAUGGGCUUUGAGCGCAGUCUUGUCAAACAAACUGUACAAAGCAAAAUCCUGACCAGUGGAGAGAACUACAGAACUGUACAGGAGCUGGUAUCUGACCUUCUAAGCGCUGAGGACCAAAAAAGAGAGGAGGAACGGGAGAUGUUGGCAGAGGCCAUGGCAUCAGAUGGAUUCACGUUUGUGAAGAGACACCAAGCUUCACUUGUUCAACGCCUGAAAACUGUGGAACCAGUCUUGGAGCAUUUAAGAGACCAGAAUGUUUUUACUGCUGAGGAAUACAGUGGGCUCCAGGCCCAGACAUCAGCACAGCAGCAAACUGCCAGGCUGAUAGAGCUUGUCCUCACUAAGGGCAAUGCAGCAGCUGAGGUUUUCAGAAACUGGAUCCAGAAAAAUGAUGUCCACCUACUCAGAGAUCUCAUGGCACAAUCAAAUGAAGCUGUAUCGCCAAGUCAAGAUCUGUCAGACUUACCUAUGGAGGAACAGCUGCGUCGUUUGCAGGAGGAGCGCACCUGUAAAGUGUGCAUGGAUAAAGAGGUCAAUAUUGUCUUUAUUCCAUGUGGACACUUAGUGGUAUGCAAGGAGUGUGCCCCAUCACUGCGCAAGUGUCCCAUCUGCAGAGGCCUGGUCAAAGGCACUGUUCGCACCUUCCUUUCAUAA